GCGUCCCCUCUCGGUUCGGCCGCAAACGGGUAAAAAAACCCACGGAAAACGGGACAAGUUUGCAAACCCCCCUCUUUGUUCUGUUUCCCCUCGCCGCCGCCGCCGCCGCCGCCGUCGUUGCCGCUAGCCGGCGUAGCUGAUAGGAAACCUGACCACCUGAGCCUUCUACUUCUAUAGACCAACCUCAGAGGAACCCCCAACCCCUGCCCUUAUGGCCCUCCUCCUUCGCCGUGGCGCGGCCCUCGCCGCCCGCUCCUUCCGCGCCGCGGCGGCCUCCGCUUCCACCACCGUGCGCCGCCUCCCAGCCGGGGGAUCCCUUGCGGGCGCCGGGGAAUUCGCUCCAUCGAGGCUCUUCGUCUUCGAGAACCGAAGAGGCUUCGCGAAGGGGAAGAAAUCGAAGGAUGAUCGAGGUGACACUGUUCAAGCUGUUCCUGACAUUGGGCCGACUGUCAAAUCAGCUGCCACUGCACAAAUGGAUGCUGCAGUGAUCGCACUGUCACGAGAGCUGAGCAAACUACGGACUGGAAGAGCUACUCCUGGCAUGCUUGACCAUAUCAUGGUGGAGAAUGCAGGUGUUAAAGUUGCACUGAAUCGCAUUGCCGUUGUUUCUGUCCUGGAUGCACAUACCCUAUCAGUGAUGCCUUAUGAUCCUACUUCCAUGAAGUCUAUUGAGCAUGCUAUUAUCUCAUCACCAUUGGGCAUUAAUCCAACACCUGAUGGGAAUAGGAUUAUUGCAGCUAUCCCUCCGUUGACGAAGGAGAAUAUACAGGCACUGUGCAAGGUUGUUACUAAAUCAGCAGAGGAUUUUAAACAAAGUAUUAGAAGAGCACGCCAAAAGGCACUUGAUACAAUAAAGAAAUCUGCAUCAAGUAUGCCCAAGGAUGAUGUAAAGAGGAUUGAGAAGGAGGUUGAAGAAUUGACCAAGAAGUUCAUAAAGUCAGCAGAUGAUAUGUGCAAGGCUAAGGAGAAGGAAAUCAGCGGAAGCUGAAGUGUUCUGUGUCGAUGAGUUAUGUUUCAUUUACUAGUUGUGUUUUGUUUACAUUCCAACAAUGUUGAGCAGCUGCGAUUUGGCAGCUGAGUGGAGGAUAUAAAUUUUAUUGCCCCAUUCUAACUAUACUGAUAGCAGAUCAGAACAGUGAGAUGACAUGAACAGGUUAGCUGGUGGUGAUGUAAUUUCCAAUCGCACAGGCUUUGAUUAAAACUUGCAGAACGAAGAAACUAAGUUCAGUUUGAUAUACGUGGUUGGCACUAA